AUGUCUUGGCGUGGCCGCAUGAAGCUCGGCUCCGGCACUCCGGCGAAUCACGGGGCCAAACUAACGGAUUUCGUCAGACCACCCGAACCUUCAUCACACUUCAAUCUUGAACAAGAGCAGCAAACUCGCCCAAUUGCUUUGUAUCGAACCAUGCUUCCUCAACACAAUAUGCAGCGCCUCGGCCUCCGUAUGGUCAAGCAGACCCGUUCGACUCCUGCUCGCAACGUCGUCCAGCGCCGUUUCAACAGCACCCAGGUUAACAAGCCCGAUUGGAUUGUCGACAACGCGUUCAACCGGGAGCGUGAAGCUGUCAAGCAUCAUGCCGCUUCUACCAGCAAGCUCUGGUUGAGACUUUCCAUCUUUGGUGUUAUCCCUUGCCUCAUUGGUGGCAGCAUCAACGCCUAUAACUUGUGGAACGAGCACUGGGAGCACUGGAACCAUUUGCCCCCUCUUGAGGAGCGCACCGAGUACUCCUACCAGAACAUCCGCACCAAGAACUUCCCAUGGGGUGACGGUGACAAGACUAUCUUCUGGAACUCCGCUGUCAACUACCACAACCCCGACAAGACCGGUUAAAUGUCUUCUACUGACUGACCGUCUGAGAGAAUACCUUCUGACAUGCCAGUGAUCUCAGACAAACUUCUGUAACUGGCCUGAACCGGGGACCGGCUUGAAUAUCAAAUAAAACCGGACCGACCCCAAUUCAAAGUUGAUGGCUCUAUAUAGUCCUCAUCGUUGUGCUUUGCUGUCAUUCAAAGUUCUUUCCUUUGUAUGUAACUUAGAUCAAUGAAAGGAAUGGUUUCCUGUCAAUGUGUUCAAGUUUACUAUUGGUUUAUGGAGUAGUCCGUCGG